AUGCGGAUUCAAUGGACAGACCUAAAGACAUACGAUAUCAUCGGAUCCGGAUCCUUUGGUCGAGUCUUCCACGGCGACCUGCUCGGGACAGAGGUCGCCAUCAAGGAGUGUGUCCGAUCCGACUCGAGGGCCUUUGACGAAAAGUACUUCAAGCGCGAAGUCGAUAUUCUUAAACAAUCACGGCACCCUAAUAUUGUCCAGUUCAUGGGGAUAUGCAAGCGCAGGAAGAGGUUCUACAUCAUCACCGAGUUCCUACCUAUGGGCAACCUGCGUCGAUGGAUACAAGACGACAAGAAGGAGUUUGGAUGGGACACCAGGAUCAGCUUUGCGAUCGAUAUCUCCCUCGCUCUGGCAUACCUCCACCACAAGAACAUUAUCCACAGGGAUCUGAAGGGAGAGAACUUGCUCAUCUCUGAGAACAUGAGGAUCAAGGUGUGCGAUUUUGGGUUCAGUCGAGUCGAGGCCAAAAAUGCGACCGAGAUGUCAAGGAUCAGCUAUUGUGGGACAGACGGAUACAUGGCACCAGAGAUCCUACUGGGCGAGGACUUUGACUGUAGCGUCGACGUCUUCUCAUUCGGAGUUAUCCUCUCCGAAAUGAUGGCCCGCCACGUCGUCGACUCUCAACACUUCCAACGCACUGCCCCCGACAUGGGUGUAUCUCCCGACGAGAUCCUCUUCCGAGCCCAACCAGGGUGUCCUACUGAACUCGGAAAACUCGCCAUCCAUUGUGUCCAACCUCUGCCCGAGAAUCGACCGGUGUUGAGGCAAAUUGUCGAACGGCUGACGGCGAUUGAGAAUGUGGAUGUGCAUGUGGGGACGACGCUUGUGGUGGCGCCGUCGGUGGCCAGGGCUGCGAGGAACAUGAUGAGGAAGAGGGAAGUGGAUGCGGAGCAGGCGCAGGAGCAGGCUUAUCAGCAGGCGAGGAUGCGAAACGGGUACCACCAGCAGGAUGAUGAUCUGCAGCAGCCGCAUCAUGCGUAUUUUGAUCCGGCGACGUCGAGUGUUCGUGGGCAGGCGAAUACUUGGAGGAUGACGGAUGAAUCCAACGGAGGCUCGUCGAGGAUGAUCCCUGCGGAGAGUAUCAUGGUCGGGUCUCAGAGUACUUACAAGGGAAAGAGGAGGCUACCUACUGACGAUUCGACGAUUCCUUUAGUCCUCGAGGAACGCUACCAAGGUAGUGAGAGGACCAGCGAUCACCACCAGGACAAGAACUCUUCGUCGGACGAUAGUGAGGAUGUUCAUUUCAGGAUGCCGCUCUGGGAUAGUAUCAAUUCGCCUUACAACCAGCAGGAGCUUCGGGACUGGCAUGAGAGAGGGUCGAUCCAUAUCUCGACUAUCAAGGGAGACAAUGCCCUGAGAGCCUGGGACCAGGAGCGCGGGGAAGUCAACGGAAAAGGAAAUGGAGAUGGAGAUGACGGCUACCAUGACCGUAGGGAUCGCAGGGACCGUCGCGACCCUUCUGAGCUCAGUAGUCUGCAACUUGAUCUCGACGACGAAGAUGAGGACGGUGACUCAGAGGACGGAAGGGGACGAGGAGGUUACAGUUUUAGUAGCAAUGGGUCCAGUAACGAGGAUGAUGAUGAAGACGACAACAGCUCGCUCUUUCAUGAGGAUAGCAAUGACUCGGACGAUGAAGACGGCGCGGUGUAUGGACACAGUCGGGGUCCAGGGGAGAGUCGGCACCUUUACGAGCUCAGCACUGACAGCGAUGAGACCCAGUCGACCAACUCCUUGACAGAGUCUGUUGUCCUCGCCCUGGACACUCUUGAGAUCCCCGACCUUUUUGUGGCCAGACAGUCUGAUCCCCAGGAGGAGAUCCAACACGCGCAAACGACCACUGAGAAUCAUCGUCAACCAGAGCCGAGUAAUGGUGAUAAUGUUGGGCUGCAGAGGAAACAUAGCCUGGCGUCGCGACUGCUGCCACCCAUCCCGGCUACCGAUAACCCCUGGGUGUCAGAUGCAUCUGGACAGCGACCUACGUCGGAUGACAGCGUCAGGGACAAAAUGUCGAAGGACGCUACCCUCACCCAUACCAACGAGUCGUCGACUGCAACAAUGACCACGGCACCAGCUUCGCCGCAAAUACAACCAUCUGUAAAAGAACGAGAAAUGGACGACCUCUCCUUCCCUCCAGCACCGCCUUCCAAGACCAGCCUCCUACUCCGAAACAACACCAUCAAAUCGAUGCGAGGCGGCGACAAUGGUGGUAGUGUCAGCCCAGUACCACCUGAGGCAACUGUGGCUGUGGGUCCAGAAAACAAAGACCUGCUGUCUCUUCCAAGUCAAGGAUCCGCAAGCACGACAGGAUCCACCAAUUCCUCCGCCGCAUCCUCAUCCGUCUCUGGAACUUCGUCUCCAGCAUCCAUUGUCUCACCUGACGAGAAGUCAAGCCAAGGUAGCAGCGACAAUAUCCACCAUCCACGACAGGACAAGCCCGAGAAGCAGGAGAAAGUUGGUGGUGGUGGGAGAGGGAUUGGGUUGAUCCGAGGUAUGUCCGACAGUUUCUGGGGACCCAGUACAUCAACUGCGGCGGCAGAACAUUCGACAACCACCACGACUGCUGUUGCUGUCAGUAGGUCACAGGGAACAGAUUCAGGAGGAGGGACGAUCACGAGCACCUUGAUGGCAGCGAUGGGCGCCAAGACUUGGACCAGUGGUGUAGGUGGGUUCGGGCAAUGGAUCGGACCCGCGUCGUCGCCUCUUGAAGAACAUGACGGUAUAUCCUCCAGUCCUUCACCUGCAGGAAAGGCAGGCGGUCUCCUGAAGAAGCACACAUCCCUCAAGGAGGGCAAGCAACAACAGCAACAACGGGCCGUAGCCAACUUUGAGCGAACGAACGGUGUCAUCAACGAAGGCGAUGGAGUGGCGGCAGUCGGCGCUACGGCAGUGGUGGUUAAGAAACGGGCGCCCAAGGCUCUUACGGGGAUCUCACAUCGGUUCUCGCUUGUGGGUGUAUCGGCCUUGUUGUUGCCAAAAUGUGAUGUCUGCCUGAAACGGUUGGGCGUCUUGCCUGGCUGGGCCUCCAAACACCUCGAGUGCGACGGUAAGCAUCUCACUGUCUUUCGCUCUGAACAUCGUCGCUAA